CCCCCAACCCCGCCUUAAUCGCUGUUUAUCGGGCGAGUCAUUCACGUGUUGGUAUGGGACCAUUAUUUUAUCUUUAUUGUACAGGAAACCCAGUUGUUGUAACUUUACAUACAUCUAUAUCGACUGAAGUAAUAUAGAGAAUUGUAUCAAUAUAAUAAAUAACUAUUUUGUUAUUCAUGUUUUACUUAUCAUUUUAUUUAUCAUUUGUUUUUAAUCAAUUUAAUUACAGUAUUUAACGGAGUUUCCUGUGACGCAUUGAUCAUACGAAUAUUAUCAUGUGAGAGUCUAUGAUGCAUUAGAUUAUCUUCUUUUUUUUGGUGAUAUCAUGGAUCGUAAUUUUAUUCCAGUGCCCUGACCAGACAGACAAUUUAGUACGUGUAGAAAUGUAUGUUUUUUAUGUGAUACAUGGUUCAGGGAGGAAACCAUUGUAGCUAAGUAGGAAUUUAAGCACUUGAUUAAAGGACAAACGCUAUUUACUGUUUGAUCUAAGAUGUACCUGCUCACUUUUUUUUGUAUUAGUUUGAGUAAUGUAUCAGACUUUUAUAUGUAUAAUAUAGUGUGGUAUUGGAAUAUAGAACUAUUUUUGGCAUUUAUUACUCGAGGAGAUAUUUAUUUUGAUCAUGUAUAGCCUGGUUCUGUCAUGAUGAUAUGAAUGCAAUAAGUGAUAACUGUUUACCUAAUAACUCCUAGCAUAAACUGUAAGAAAUAUGUAUUGACAUCGCGAUUAUUUAAAUAUCAAAGUGAUUCUAGUGUAAAAGUUUUACAAAUUUCAUUAACAAUGGUACAAAAUGUUACAUGUGUUGUAAAAAAUAUAUAUGUUAAAACAUUGCGUUUGUUUUAUACAUCAAAGUUAAAUUACAGGUAUUUAGUGGUAUACUAGACAUUGAGAAUGCUAAAAUAGGACUAUACCAAAAUGACAUUUGCAAGAGUUUGUGGAAACCCAUUGUAGAAGGUUUGGAAUAGCAUGAUAUGCACGCGAGUAACACAUUUGGUAUGUACAAAUAUUUUGUGAGACUCGCACAGGAACGUACAUGGGUGUAUGUAGGAAUGGCGUUUUUAAACAUUUUCAUUUUACUGCAUGUAACAGUCACACGUUUCUUUUAUUAUGCAUGUAAUGCAUUUUCUAAACUAUUUCAUCUGAAUUAUUAUCAAUUCCUUUUGAAGAUAUAAAAAGUUAAACUUUCAUAAUGUAAAUAUAUAUUUCAAUUGCAUAGUCACUGAUAAAUAAAUAAUAUAUGAAAAAUACGUCCGUUCAAUUUUAAGUGUUUUAAAGCCACUAUAGAAGUAAGUCAUAUAUACAAUAUGGUCAUGAGGUCGACUAUGCUAUUUCGGUCCAGAAAGGAACUUUCCAGUCAACGUGUCCCAAAUCACAUCUAAGUGAUGCAAACUAUCAAGAUUCCUUUAAGUAUCACACAAAUCGCAACUCAGGAAGUGUCAUAACACGUGGUGUCAGGCCAUUCUUAGUCAUGUCCAUAAGGCACGUGUUCGUAUUUUUGAUAGAUGUACUUGUAACCAAUUAUGAUAAGUUCAUAUAUACUUUUAUUUACGUAUUUCUGUCUAAUUUUAGACUGUAUAGCAACACAUAUAGACGAAUAAUCGAGUGUUGUAUCAGAGAGUCGAAGUUUCACUCUAAUCAUCGUCAAGAUCAAAAUAUGAGGUCAAUAGUGCGUCAGAUGUAUUAUAUUAACAUACAUACCUGUCCCAGGAUAACAAAUCAGGACAAAUUACAAAAUAGCUAUAAAGUAGAUGUUCAAAUCCGAAUUAUCAGAAAUAUCUAUAUCUGUAACAUACACAUACAUUUUUUGUAUAUAUUACAUUAGCAUUCAGUGUUUCUGAGUUGUUAUAUGAUGCCUCAUAAAUACGAAAAUCAUCAGUUUUGACAGCAGUGAGUGACAUAUCAUAUCCCUCUUUUCGUAUGCCCACCCUUUCCCUUAUGACCUGAUAAACAUAUAAACACUGUAUGCUACCUACCAUAUAUUGUAUUUAUUUUAAAAUGCUGACAGGACAAUUUUAGAACGGUGGAUCAGUUCAGAGACUCAAGUUGUAUCUUAUUGUUUUCUUAUUUUUAUCAUUCACACAGAAUAAAAUUCCAAAUUUCCUAUUUUUCAUAAAAACACACAUUAAUAUAUGACAUCUAUAGAUUAUGAAUAAAAUGCUAUUUUAUGUCAGUAUCAACAAUGCGGUUGUUUUAUUUUUUAAUCAUGCUUCCAGCAUACACAAUACAGUAUAACGCACUUGUGUAUAAAGAAUUACGCCGAGUAUUGUACGGCUUGUUUUAACAUAUUUAUAGACAUUUUAGGUUAUUCCAAUAUCCUAUUUUAAGAAAACAUCUCUACAUUUUGUACUUUUCGUGUUGAAUCAUGUACUCCAAUGAACGACCAAAAGAUGUUCCGAAUAAUCACAAAUCUAUUUAUAUUGCUGACGAAACUGUCGACAUCGGGAGGGGACACGCCAAGCUGAUAAUUCAUACUUGUAACUACCUCUUUCUGAAAUGUUGCAGAUGCUUUAGAAGAUACAGGUAAUACUCAGAUACAGUGAUGGAUGCUAACCUAACAGAUCCCAGUGAGGACGAGGAAUGUAGGCUGGCAGAGGCUGCAAUAGCCUGUUUACAGUCCGGACGACUCACUCCACUGAUCAAGGAAGAGCUAAAGUAUAAAAUACAGGCCAAGCGGAUGGAGCAAGGCAAAAAAGAACUACAGGUCCAGUUUACAACCCCCAAUACAUACGAGCUCACAAAUGAGGAAGCGAUGAAAUCGGACAGGAGGCGUCAACAAAACCGGCUCGCGGCUAAAAAGUUUCGAAAACGGCAGACAACAGUGGCAGUUGCUCUCGAGAAGACGUUGCAGAAAUUACAGAAUGAAAACGGUCAUCUUAACUCUGAGGUUGAACGACUAACCAUGGAAAAGUGCUUCUGGCAAGAAAAACUCAACACACUCCUACUCAGUAAAAUAGAUGGACAGUCAGAUCCGUCAGAUAACUUCUGAAGAUUAUUUAAAACAAGUAGAAGAGUAGACAUGUUCGCCGAUACUUAUGUCUGUAGAUCAGUUCAGUCCUGAUGUAGAACAUCAUCAAAGUAUUCUGUACAUGUUGAAUUUACAUACCAUUGUAAGCAAUUUAUUUUGUUAACAAAGUUUGCAUCAACCUGUUUGACCGGAUUGAAUGAAGUGUCAGGUGAUAUCAAUUCAGGUCUAAUGCCAAACCAGUAUGUUUACACGGAUGUGUUUAUCCUUGAAUAAUAAGGCGAAACCAUUACAUUGGUACUGUUCUAAUUACACAGCUGCUACCCUGCCGACGUCAGAAGGUGUCCAUCCUUUUUACAACGUUGUUUUAUAUGCAUUUACAAAAGGUCAAACGGUGAGUGCUGUAGUGGUUUAUAAACGGACAAAAGUGGUGCAUGUGUGAAUGGACGGUCGCUAUACGAUAUGGAGUUUCCUGCUGUGCGUGUGUUUCGCAAGAUGUUGAAGUUGUUUUUAUGUCAUAAAUUUAUUUUUUCUGUUAUAACUUUUAUGUAUAAACUCUUGAACGAAC